AAUUACUCCUUCCACCUACGAUUCAAAGUUCAUCUCCAAACCGCAAGUCUACUCGCUCUUGUUCUUUGGCUACUGAGGAUCUGAGAAGCUUCGUCGCCAAAUUUUACAGAGUUCAUUGAAACAAAUUAGCUAGUUUCAUGGGUUUGUCGUCUAUUGGCACUGCUACUGAAGGCAUGCAACUCUGCAUAUUUGAUUUGAGAAGAGGCCAACACGAAGGGCAAGAACUUGAUAAAAUUUUAUACUUCUUUCCUCCUGAUUUGCCCUUUUCGACUCAACUCUCUGUGAUUGGGCUCAGCGAAGGGCUUAUUACAUUCACGCGAAUUUUCUCUCCGGAGGCUGCUUGCGAGGUUAUAGAGGCAGAGAGGCACUCUCAUGUCUUUUACGAGGCAGAGCCAGAUAUUUGGAUGGUUAUGAUAGUGGAGAAAAGUAAGGAGCCGGAAGCCAUAUGGCGGAUUGAUGCAUUAAGAGAGGUUCUCAAGGAAAUUCACUCUCUUUUCAUGAUGUUUCAUGGAUCUAUUAGAGCUUUGCUUGACAAAGAACCUGGCGGAGGACUAACUCGUGCUCAUUUAUACCCUUUCAUCAUGGAUUAUCUAAGAGCAUGUCAAAAGCUGUCUCCCUUGGAUGAGUGCUGCUGGGAUUUUCUGGUUGGGAAGAAACUCCUGUUGCCAUCAUUCCGUGACUGUUUAAAGGAACGAAGGACUGUACAGAUGCUAACUGUAGGACGAGAGGCUGCAAUUGAAGUUCAGACACUUGUCAGACUAUUAGAAUCUUCUGCUGGCAACGCACCAUGCUCCUCGCUCAUUUUAUUUCAAGACUUGCUCGUGUCCACAACACUUUCUCCUGAGGAUACCGUAAACUUGUUCACGUAUGCGGUUUUAAGGCUAACCCCACUUGCUCUAUCCUCUGGAGCAAGGUCAUGGUCCUAUUUACGCAAGGGAAACACUUCAUCACAUGUUACUGCUGGAUCUACCUUGGCCCCCUCUGGAUCUGUUUCAGAACAAUUUUAUGGUUCACAAGAUACUUCUCCUGCUGGAGAUAAUAGAUACCGUGUUAUAAGGCCCUUGCAGCAUGACAAGUGGUCCAAAGGGAAGGAUGGUUUUCUUAUCACUGAUAUUUGGGGUGUGGAUGUUGGUGGCUCAGAUGUAACCACUCCAAUAGUUUGGCUACAGCAUACGGAGGAGAGGAUGUAUCUAUGUGCUUAUCAGUACAAAAGCCUUACGUUGAUCCUUCUUAUUCCUCUUUCUUCUAUACUUAAUGGGGAGCAAGGUGUUUCAACUGUGAAACAGCAACUUCUUGAAAAUGCCUCACUGAAGAUUUUGAAAGUUGAAGAAAAGUUGUCAAAGGGAUGGGGUGGAGAGAAUGCUUAUCAUGUCAGUGGGUAUCGCUACUUGAUAGUGGAUGGUAACAGAGACAUAUCCAGGGCUUCACCCCCAGCAAAGGUUACAACAUUAACAAAGGAAUCUUUACUUGCCUUAAAUAGGCUUAGAGAAGAAGUAGAUGCUGAAAAGAGUCGAUCAAAAUGGGAUAAUCCAGGUCGUGACAAAGAUUUGGAAGUGUCCAUUAGAGCGAAAAAUAAUGCUUGGGCCAUUGCUCGUAUUACUGGAGGGAAGGAACUUUAUAUGGUUUUAGAGAAAGCUAAUGAAACUCUCCUCUAUGCGUCAGAUGCUGUUGAGAAAUUCAGUAACAGAUAUUGCAGUGGAGCAUUUUCUUUGGACUAGUUAAAAAGUGUCGAGGCAACUGUAUUAGUAUAGCUAUAAUGAAAUAUUUAUGUGCUGUAUAAACGUUUCUUUCACUAGCUUUGGCAACCCUAGCAGAUGUUACAAGGUUUGCUCAGUUUUCACUACUGAUUUUUGUGGCAAAAAAUACAAAAAUAAAGCUAAUCAUCUAUCAGUUGCAUGCAAAAAAUGCAAUUGGUGAGUUGAUGCAUGUAAUGCAAGGUUGUUUAUUGAUUUAUUUAUUUUUCUGGAGUA